AUGGUCAGCAAGUCGUUGGUAACGCUUGUCGUUCUAUCUAUCUUGAGCUUGCUCACAUCAGCUGUUCCACUCCAAACGGAAUCAGCUAUGGAGACAAGCCAGCAGUUCAAACGAUUUCGCGGUGAACCGAUCCGAUUUGGCAAACGUGUACCCCGCGAGCCCAUCAGGUUCGGCAAACGAGCGCCUUUAUUCGAGCCGUACUUCGACUACUAA